AUGGCAUUUCUUCAGAUCCAGACUUCAGGGAACAUUAUACUCUGGGGCGGUUUUCUGGCGCGUGAGGACUUCGUGCUGACAGCAGCUCACUGCUGGGGCAGCUCAAUCAGCAUCACCCUGGGGGCCCACAACAUCCUCGAGCAGGAGGGGACCCAGCAGGUCAUCCGGGUGAGAAGAGCCAUCCCCCACCCAGAUGAUGAUGAUGAAAACACGGCCAACGACGUCAUGUUACUGCAGCUGACGAGGAAGGCCAACCUGACCACCGCUGUGAGCCCCAUCCGGCUGCCCCAGGGGAAGGAGCCGGUGAAGCCAGGGAUGGUGUGCAGUGUGGCCGGAUGGGGGCUUCUUGGCGUGAACAAACCUGCAGCAGCAAAACUGCAGGAGGCAGAGCUUGAAGUCCAAACAGACCAGCAAUGCAUCCAUCACUACAAACAUUACGAUGCCACCACCCAGAUAUGUGCAGGGAACCGAAGAAACAGGGAGAAUUGUUUUGAGGGAGACUCUGGAGGCCCCUUACUGUGUAACAGUGUGGCCCAGGGCAUUGUCUCCUUUGGAACCAAGGAUGCAGACCCCUCCUUCCAACUCUGGAAUAAAAAUCCUGUUGCAGUGACAGCCAGCGCCCUCCGAUCACACGUCCCCAGUGUCAGCUUCCCGGCCAGGCUGCCUGUGAGUCCAUCAGAACACGGAGACAUCUCCUCAGGAAAACUGACCCUCAUCUAG